UUAGCGCAUAUCAAUUUGUUAGACCGUUUGUUUAGGGCGGGGGAUCUUCUCUUGUUGAACAUGUUUAAUGUCGACGAUUUAGCAUAUAUUAAUGCUUACCGUAAAUCUGUUACAUCAAAUAAUGGCCCUGAAUCACGGGAGCCGAUUGUGUAUGGUAAAGAGGUUAAAGAAGUUCCACCCUUCCAACUAAUUACGCUAUCUGCUGAGCAAAAAGCUGCAGUUGAUCGUGCUAAAAAGUAUGCUCUUGAGCAGAGUAUUCAAAAUGCAGUUCGCAAACAGAUGACACAAUUGCAAACUCAGGAUAUGAAUAACAUUAAACAAACUCAAGCUCUCGUUCUCCUUAGUCGUAUCUACGUCGGAUCUAUUAGUUUCGAGAUCGGUGAAGAGGAAAUUCGGAAAGCAUUUUCUCCGUAUGGUCCUAUAAAGUCCAUUUCCCUUAGUUGGGAUGCUGCCCUGCAAAAGCACAAGGGUUUUGCCUUCGUUGAGUUCGAAAUUCCUGAAGCUGCCUCCUUAGUUCUUGAGCAAAUGAAUGGAUUUAUGAUCGCCGGACGGGGAAUUAAAGUUGGUAGACCGAGCAAUGCUCCCCAAACUUCCUCUCUUGAAGCUGAAUUGCGUCAAGAACCCUCGAAUAAAUGUCGAAUUUACAUAGCCGGCGUUCAUCCAAAGUUAUCCGAAGGAGAUAUUCAAACUGUUUUUGAGGCAUUUGGAACCGUUAGAUCUUGCUAUCUUGAACCAGAUGUCAAGUUUGGUCAACCGGAAAUUAAUCACAAAGGCUACGGGUGGAUUGAAUUUGAGACAGAAGAAGCUGCUCUUGCAGCUGUAACUAAUAUGAAUGGGUUUGAAAUCGCUCAAACGGUAUUGAGAGUGGGGAGGGCGAUAACUCCAAAAAGUGCGGUUUCUGGUGGGUCGACAGUACCCUCCGCGAGUGCCACGGCAGCUGUUCAAGCGGCUGCCGCUAGCAUUUCGGCUAGAGUCUCAGCAUUGGAACAUGAAAAUGCCUCACAAUCUUCAAAUGAUGCAUCACUGUCAUCCGUCACGUCGUUUCCAGCAUCAUCUGCGGCUCCAGCCACUUCAUCAGGAUUCUCAACUGGUUUUGGUCCUGGUGCCUCAGUGCCCCCUCCAGGAAUUUUUAUCCCACCUGGAUCUGUUGGUAUUCCGUCACAGUCUGCACCUGCUGGUGUACCUGCUCCUGCGGGCAGUUCAGCGACCGCUGGAGCCCGAUGGGAUGAUGAGGAUAUUGCCAUGACGACACAGCAGCCCGAGCAGAACGAGAUGCCUAUUGAAGAUGCCUACUCUCCUUCUGCUGUUUCGCCUGUUCACCUCGAAUAUGAACUCUCUAGUACGUUUUAUCCCAAUCACAUCUUGCUAUAUUAUACUAAUUAUAACUGCUUUGGUCGACAGACAGAAUUUGCGGCGACAUUUUUCCAGACAAUCACUAUGUGCCUUUAUCCUCUUAAAUGGAUUCGCUUUGUCUUCCAUUUUAGAGUGUUGCUUUUGGAGAACAUGGUAACCCCUGAAGAAGUGGAUCCUGAUUUAGAGGAAGAAGUAGCUGAAGAGUGCAACAAAUUCGGUCAAAUUCUUCGCGUUCUCGUCUACGUUAAAAUGCCCUCGGAUGAAAGUGAAAACGGGACGUCGAGUACUGCCGCCGUCCGAAUUUUUGUCCACUUUGAUAGUCAUGCCGCAGCUGUGAAUGCUGUCCAUGCACUCAAUGGCCGAUUCUUUGCUGGUCGGACGAUUGCGGCCCAACUCUAUCCUGAUGAGGAUUUUCAAAUGAGAAAUCUGGAUUUAUAG